GCGCGCGAUCGCGUCCGCAACAGCAGGAGAGAAGAAUGGAAGUCGUGUAGGUUGAGGGCCGAUCGUAUCUGCAGUAGUAGCGACCGUUCAAGGAAUCGACUAAGAAAACAUGGCUGCAGGUUGUUGUGGAACGAAAAAGCAAAAGCUGAACAAUUCGUCGAGUGUUCCUUGUAAUGGUUCGAUAUUACAAAAUGGCAUACAACUAAGAAACAGUGUAAUAGUAAAGCCUGAGAUGGGCUUCUUUUGCUUCGAUGUUCUUUAUUGCCAAUUACAUCAACUCGACCCUCCAAAACCGCCCAACUUUAGCAACGAAGCAUUCCCAUUAUUUGUAACAUGGACUAUCGGAAAAGAUAUGAGGUUAAGAGGUUGCAUUGGAACAUUUAAUGCAAUGCAGUUACAUGCUGGACUUAGAGAAUAUGCAACAACUAGUGCAUUCAAAGAUUCACGAUUUAAUCCUAUCACACGGGAUGAACUUCCACGUUUACAUGUAAGUGUUUCAAUUCUGAGACAUUUUGAAGAUGGUGUUGAUUAUUUAGACUGGGAAGUAGGUGUCCAUGGAAUUCGUAUAGAAUUCCAUAAUGAGAAGGGUAAUAAACGAACUGCUACCUAUUUACCUGAUGUUGCAACAGAACAAGGAUGGGACCAGAUACAAACGAUAGAUUCGUUGUUGCAUAAAGGUGGUUACAAAGGCUUGGUCACUCCAGAUAUUAGACGUAGUGUGAAAUUAACAAGAUAUCAGAGCGAGAAGGUUACCGUAAGCUAUCAAGAUUAUAUGACACAUUGGCAUAGCCGAAGAUGCUAGCAGCUGGCUUGGGGUCCUAAUCAAGGACCCCAAUUGCCACCAAAUUCUGUUGUUCAUUAUAAUGCUAAUACAUCUCACACCUCCCAUCUACUAUACAAUAACACUCAAUACAAUUCUUAUAUGGCCAGUCAGGGACAUGGAUUAGUAAUGACACAACGUAAUCAUCCUGCAUUCAUUCAUCCUCUUCCAAUACCCCCUAUUUCUCCCGUUAUGUUACCUAUAUGGGAUUACUCAUCAUUUUGGUGGGAUCAAACAGGUUCAUCUUAUCCUCCGUCACAUUCUCAUCUUCAUCCUCCGCCCCGUGUUCAUCGUUUGUCACCACAAGAAACUGUUGAUCGUGGAAUUCGUAAACGAAAAUGACAUUGGAGGCGACUAUUGUUUGCAAUCUUUCAUUGUUUAAAAUGGUGCCUACUGUACUUUGUAUGUUUCUGCAUACACAGUUUCCCCCUUAUGAUACCACACAGUCCUCCUUGAGGACAAUAGCAUUUUAUGUAUGAUGGCACUGUCUUUUUUCGUUAUCUCCGAUAACGUAAUUAAUAUCAUUAUUUAUCUAAUAAUUGGUAUAAUCGUAAACUAUAUACGCAUAUACAACAAGUGCAUUAACUUUUAACUUUAAUAUUUAUAAUCAUUGAUAAAACUAUAUGUCAAAUAUUCAGAUUUUAAAACAUAUAUUAUAUAAUUGCCUAUUCUCAUGUAUUUUAAUGCGUUCAUAAAUUAAACAACACGAUUCAGUUCAUAGAAUAAAUAUUUUAAGAUUAAGAAAUAGAUUAUACAUAAUGUGCAAUUAGCUUUGCCAUCAUACUUAUUGUGUCCAUUUGUAUUUAUGUCUGCAGUAUACGAGUGAUAUAAAUAACUUUAUAGCACAGUGAUGCUGCCUGCAAUUCACUGCCUGCUUCACAAGGUUUAAUGUACAAAUUCACGCGAAAAUGUUUCUAUUAUCCGUAUAUUAUAAAAAAUAUAGAAUAUCAUUUUUAGAUAAAUACAUAAGUGAAGAUUGAAAAACAUUAGAUUUUCUAUUGAUAAUAUUUCUUCUAACAAUGUUCUAUUAAUUCAUACAUAGUAUAUAGUUAUUAUAUUCUGCAUAACUUUUGUAUUAUUAUUUAUCGAAAGUUAUCGGAAAUUCACAUAGAUGAUUAAAUUAAUAUAAAUUAGAUAAUUGUCUAAAACUAUAUGUUGCAUUCUCUUAAAUUAAUCAUAUGCAAAGAAAGUUACAAACUUCCUUAUCGUUGUUUUCUCAUGACUGUGUCAUGGAUAAUAUAUAUGUAAGUACUAAUUUUUAACUUACUAAUUUAAAUUUCAUUGUAUUGAUGGCAUACAUAAAUUUUGCUUUAGUAUGUGCAAAUGCUUACAUUAAUGCACUGAAAUUUUUAAAAGUGAAAACCUUUAAUAACGUCUAAUUUUCUAUUAACAAUAUGGACUUUUAUAUUUUUAUUUCUUUUUUUUAUACCAUUGAUACAUUGAAAUUUAAUAAUUCUAGUUAUAUUAUAGUCCAGUGUAUUAUUACAGCAAAGGAUCAUACUAUUGAAUACAUAAAUAUGUAAAUCUUCAUGAAUAAUCAUAACUAAGACUAGUUGUAAUCAACUAAAUUAAUAGUAGAUACUUAUUUGAAAAUUAUUAUUAAUUUUACGAAAUUUAGAUAAUACUACUAAAAAAAUAGCAAUGUAAUAAAAAUGAUAGAAUGGAACCUCUACUGUAAAUAAGCAAUGGACUGCAUUAUGACUAUUAAAAUGCGUUAAUAAUAGUUGUAUUAUAGUUGUAGAUGAAAAUGUGACGAUCUCAUUGUGAUUUUAAUAUUCUGUGACUCAUAAAACACAAAUAGAAUUGCUAUUGCUUUCUGUAACAUACUUAUCUUAUUACUUUGUUUUUCUUGAAACAACUUAUUAUUAUAUCAUGUUAAAAUGAUUCGAUGAAACAAAUAUUUGGUAACUUUGAAGUACAGUAAAAUGUGUUCUUCCAUGUGUUGAUA